AUGAUAGUUAUGGAAUACUUACCAAAUGGUGAUCUCCAAUCAUUGAUUUCCCAAGGAACAAGAUUCAGUGUUGAAGAACAACUCAAUAUUACAUAUCAAAUUCUCGAUGCUCUGAACUAUUUGCAUCAAAGAGGAAUUUCCCACAGAGAUAUCAAACCAGCAAAUAUACUUUUCGAUGAAAAUAUGCAUCCAAAGUUAAUUGAUUUCGGAAUGUCAUGCGAAAACGCUGCAAGUUCACACACAUUCUGCGGAACACCAUUUUUCAUGGCUCCAGAGAUCAUUAAUACUGAUAAUUAUGAUGGAAAGAAAUCCGAUAUCUGGUCCUUGGCAAUAACAUUACAUGUUAUGGCCACAUAUGUUUUUCCAUUCAACUACCAGAGCGAAGUUCAAUAUUUGAAGGAUGUCCAGGCCAAAAAAUUAUUUUUCCAAAAUAAAGCUCAAGGUAUUAUGGGCAACAUAAUAAAAGAGAUGCUUAUCUGCGAGCCAAAAGAAAGACCAUCAUCAAAGGAAAUAAUUGAAAUGAUUGAGCAGUAUUGCGCUCAACAUUUCAUUGUUUUAUCUUCAAAGGCAAACCAAGUCUCCCGUCCUAAUACUUCUCUCCCAAGAAUUGUUAAACCAAACCAAUGCCUUUGCAACGGAAUGAAACUUAACUGCCCAGUGAAGAUUAACAGAUAUUCUGAUAAGAUGCUUCUAAGGUUAAUCUCGCAUGGCUUGAAAUGUUUUUGA